GUUUGACCUUGCUGUGCUCUUGAAGUUGGGGGCAGGAACUGGGAUCGGUCUCUGAUUCGCUGCUGCUGUCGGGUGGUGGACGUGGUGAGCUCCGGUCCGGUUACGAAGUCCCCUUCGACUAUAUUCCCUGAGAAGACAGCUCAUUCACCAUGACCACAUAUUUCAACUACCCAUCUGCGGAGCUGCAGAAGGAGCUUGCCGACAUCGCCAACGCCAUCGUGGCGCCGGGCAAGGGCAUCCUGGCUGCUGAUGAGUCAACGGGCACCAUGGGAAAGCGCUUUGCCAACAUUGGUGUGGAGAACACAGAGGAGAACAGGAGGAAGUACAGGCAGCUGCUGUUCACCACGGACAGGGCCGUGGGCGACAACAUCUCGGGCGUGAUCCUGUUCCACGAGACGCUUUACCAGAAGGCCGACGACGGCACGCCGUUCGUCGAGCUGCUCAAGCAGCGCAACAUCAUCCCCGGCAUCAAGGUGGACAAGGGUGUCGUCGACCUGGCCGGGUCCGAGGGCGAGGGCACUACCCAGGGCCUGGAUGAUCUGGGCAAGCGGUGCGCCCAAUACAAGCAGGACGGCUGCCAGUUCGCCAAGUGGCGCUGCGUGCUCAAGAUCGGCCGCAACACGCCCAGCUACCAGGCCAUGCUGGAGAACGCCAACGUGCUGGCCCGCUACGCGUCCAUCUGCCAGGCGAACGGCCUGGUGCCGAUCGUCGAGCCGGAGGUGCUGCCCGACGGCGACCACGACCUGGACCGCGCUCAGAAGGUCACCGAGACCGUGCUGGCGUUCGUCUACAAGGCGCUGGCCGACCACCACGUGUACCUGGAGGGCACGCUGCUCAAGCCCAACAUGGUGACGGCCGGCCAGUCGUGUGCACAGAAGUUCACGCCAGAGCAGGUGGCGCGUGCCACGGUGACGGCCCUGCAGCGCACCAUGCCGGCGGCCGUGCCGGGCGUCACCUUCCUGUCGGGCGGCCAGACCGAAGAGGAGGCGUCCGUUCAUCUCAACGCCAUCAACCAGUUCGCCGGCAAGAAGCCAUGGGCGCUGACCUUCAGCUACGGCCGCGCCCUGCAGGCGUCCGUGCUGAAGGCCUGGGGCGGCAAGGACGAGAACGUGCCGGCCGGACAGCAGGAGCUGCUGAAGCGCGCCAAGGCCAACGGACUCGCCUGCCAGGCUCAGUACGUCGCCGGCUCCAUCCCGAGUUUGGCCGCCGCCCAGAGCAACUUCGUCAAGGCCCACGCCUACUAGGUGGUGUCCGGGCUCCCUCCGGCCAGGUGCUGCGGACGGCGCGGCCGCGCAGGGCCAGUACGUGGCCGGCUCGUGUGUGGGCGCCGCCGCCGACGAGGGCCUCUUCAUCAAGAACCACCAGUACUGAGCGCCCCGCCGGCUGGUAGUCGUCGGUGGCUUCUUAGGCGGCCAGCGGUCGCGUCUCCCGUCUCCGCCCCGGCUUAGGACCACGCGGUGUAUCGCUCGCUCUCUCGCUCUCUCGCUGUCACUCUCUUCUGGCACGUGGUCGACUGGUGUAUCCCGCAAAGACGCGUGGACAAAGCGCACUGUCUUCUUUCCGGGGGCAAGAGUGUAGCUGUUGUGUGAAAUAUUUGAAUGGCCUUUCACUGCGUAGAAAUUGCCGGAAUGCAGCAUUCUUUUAAUGAGCUGAGGAUUGGUUCAACUUCUUAGUGACGCGCCAGGAAAUGUACCCGUUCGAAAUAGUGCGUCCCUGUUUAGUUUGCAAUAUAUCUCGGGCAAAGAGAAAGGCCAUUCAUUUACCUUACGUGCAUUUUGCACCCUAGCCUCUUCACGAAAGCUCAACACAACGAACCAUGCUAAAACUUGUAGGGAUAUGGAAAGUUCGUCGAAAGUUAUGUUAGAUAGAGACUUCUCAAAAAUCGAAUGUUCAGUUUUUUGGUAUUCGGGUAAAGUGUAAGCGGUUAGAAGACAUACUAUCCAAAUCGUAUAUAUAUAUAUAUAUAUAUAUAUAUAUCUAUAUCUACGUUUUUCAAAGAUUAGGGGUAUUCAUAUUGAUUCGUUGUGCUGAAUUCUUCGUGACGAGAGGAAUUGGACUUUAUAUUCGAGUUGUUUUGUGAGCGAACUAUGAAGUUUACGUAUUGCCCCUUUGGAACAGAUGUUGUCUAUCUCGGACGUUGUUAAGUAUUUGUGAAGCGUGCUUUUUGUACGUGCACGAUUAUGACACCGGGAAGUUAUAUAUCUGAGGUCUUUCUCUCCGUCUGGGAGUGGGCCAUGCAUGUUAUGUCCAUCUGUGGGUCGUGAGAAAUGGGAUCGAGAAUACACGCAAUGGUAUCGACCA